GAAACAUUGAGGUUAGGCACUGUUCACAAAUUGAAAUCACAUUGUUUUGUAUUGGAACAAAAUUUGACGAUAGUGGACGUGCGAUAGGGGAGAAAAAAUAAGAACAAAAUGGGCAAAAUAAAACGUGAACGACAAAAAUUCCACAUUGGUGCUGAGAAAAAGGCUGACACAGUCAUCGACCAGAAGAAAACUUUGACAUACAAACCGAUUAAAGCUCAGCUGGACACAGUCGAAAACAUAUUUUCCGGCAUAAAUAUUCAACUCGAUAAUAUCAAUAAGUUUGAGGAAUUCGUACCACCACUAAUUGAACCAAAAUUGAACGUUGAAAAGACCGUACAGUCAAUUGUUGAUGUAAACUCGACAGAGCAAAAAGUGAAAUGUAAUAAAGUGGAUUUUACUCAAGCACCAACGGGAAAACAUCAAACUAAAAAAGAGAAAAUCGCACUCAAGCAUCAAAAGCUAAUGGAAAAGCUGGAUGUCACGCACAAAGCGAGAAUGGAGCAUAAACAGAAGAAACAAAAAUCAAAACGAAAUGAUGGUCAUCUCUUCGAUCAAACAUUGUCUGCACCAAAUUCCGAGUUUCUUUCGCUGCUUACACCAGCGGCAGUGAAGUCAUCGAAUGAAGGAAUAAUGAAAAACAAGAACGUAUUUUCGAUCCCUUUGUUGAAUGAUGACUUACCCGCCCUUGAUACGAUAUUUAAGCAAAAAAUGAAUCAGAGUAACGAGAAAGAGCACAAAAUAACAAAGAAAUCGAAAAACAUCGGGAAGAGAACCAAUUCAAAGAAAACUUUCGUUGCAAAUUAUGAAUUUUUGAGAAAGGCAAUGAUGGCUAAGAAAAAACAAUGAUUUUAAUAAAUCUUCCUAUUUUAUUAACACUUUCAUAUAAAAUAAAA